AUGGGAUUUUUGAGUGGUGUUCUUGAGGCGGUGAAAGAUGAAAAUGAAGUGACAACUUAUGAUAAAUACAUACAGCCAGAGAGUAAAAGGCUUCAAAAUGUACUAGACACCUUAAAUAAAAAUAUUGGCUCCGGGCGUACUGGGCUUGUGGAUUCUGUCGGCGCGGUGAAGAGGUGGCUGGAGGGGUAUGAGAGUAAAUUAGGUGAGAAAACAGAAAAUAUCAAAAAUGAAUUAACAACCUUAAUUAAUGACCUAGAAAGAAAGCAUAAAAUGUCAAUUAAUCCUAACGAUAAACUUGAAAUUCAGUUGCAUACAUGGAAAACUGUUCUUCACAAAAUUGAUGAACAUGUUACAAACGCAGAAACCACGCAUAUCAGCUGGUUAGAUAGAAACUUAGAAAACGAAAUGAUGAGUGAGAUCAAGCCAAUCAAAAUGGCUGUAAGAAUGUUGCAUGAAUCAUCUACAAAUGAGAUGCUGACGAGGCAGGUGAAAAAUGUGGACAAGGCGUUGGAGGAGGAGGAAAAAACGAUAACGCAGCUGAUUAAUAUUGAAACUGGAAAAGUGAGGGACGAAUUACAAACGCAAUUCGAAAACAUUCGUGGGAGUGUUGCGUCCUUGGAAAAUAGAAAAAUGGUGCACUUCGAAUUUGUAAAAAGUCGUACAUUAAAGCGAUGGAAGAAGUGGAGGCGUUAG